GAAUCUCCCUUGCAGGUCACAUGAUCAAAACAUGGCGGCCUCGAUAAACAAAUUUCUUCUCUCGGAGAAAAACAAACCCUUUUUAGCUGCUUUAAAGGGGCUUAGGAAUGGAGCAGUAUAUGGAACAAAAGUCAGAUUUCCUCAUGCCUUGGUUAUGACAUUUCUCUUCAAAGAGGGAAGCCUUGAAGAAAAGUUGAAAUUCAUUCUUGAAGCAACAUUUACCCACUCCAAGAACCUAGCAGCCUUUGUCUUCUUGUACAAAAGCAUGACCGGAAUUAUGGAGCAUUUUCAGAGUGAGAAAUCACAAAUCCACAGUUUCAUCGCAGCAUUUAUAGGAGGAUAUUUUGUCUUCGGAAAAUACAACAAAGUUAAUGAACAGAUAAACUUGUAUCUACUAUCCCGUAUUAUAUAUGGACUAGCAAAGUUAGCUGUGAAGCGAGGGUAUAUUCCUGCCCCGCAAGGUGACACCUUCCCGUGGUUUGCAGCUAUUGUUUGGGGAAUCGUUCUCUGGGAAUUUGAGUACGAAAAAGAUACUCUUCAACCAUCUCUGCGAUCAUCCAUGACAUACCUAUACCAUGACAGCAACUACUGGACUUCACUGAAGAACUUUUUUUGGCACAAUAAAUAGUAGUGGAAGAGAAGGAGUUACUGUCUUUAAAUAACUUCUGUGAUAAUUAUGUCUGUUUAUUAUAAACAUGUCACUAUUGGUUGUUAUUUAUUUAGUAUUCUCCCCGAUGGAAGGAGCGUAUAGUCGCAGCUUUGUCUGUCUUUCCAUCUGGAGAAUUACUUCAAAACUACUGAUGGGACUGCAUAUUGUUUACUUAUCUUCCCUUUGCUGAUAUUUUUUUCUAAAACUGUUGCUUACUGGGGCCAUAUCUUGAAAUAUAGAUGUAUGGCAAUGAAGGAAAGUGCAGUGCACAAAGGACAUUCUCAGAAGGGCAUCUAAAAAGCCAGUUCUGCUUCUGUGCCAGGGUGCUUCACCCCUUUUCAUAGAAAAGGGUCAUUUUGAGAGCAACCAGCGCUUCAAGCAAUACUCUUGUUUUAAAUGAAAUGAGAGUUCUGGAUCAGUAUUUAUAAAGAUCUUCUUUAGUUUUAUGUUUGUUAAUGACAAGUAUAUUAAAAAUGACAGUCUUAUUCAAAGUCAAUACAUACACAUGUAUAACAAACACAAUUUUUGGGUGAUAAAUCUUUAACUACUUACUAGAUGCAUGAAAUGCAUUUGUGGAAAAUAUUAAUGACUGAUAACAAGAUUGUAUUUAAUACCUAAAAAGGUGAAAAAUAUUAAAUGAAUGGUGAGUUCUAAAAGAUUUACUGUGAUCUACUUUCCUCUCAUAAGGUAGACAUCCCGUAUUUUCUGCACCUUUCUUUCAAAUUAAACUCGGUAUCCUUCAUAAGAACCAUUGUUUUCGACAUAUAUUCAUCCUUUAUGGUAUUUUAAAACAAUUGUUUUAAUUGUGGUAAACCUUACUUGGGAGUAAUAGUGCAUCUUUAAAUUACCUAUGUGUAAGGCAGGACACAUGAAUACUUUGGUUUUGUUAACAGUUUUGGUUAACAGUUUUUUCAAAGCUUCAUGAAACAUUUACAUUGUUAAUGAUAUCAACCUUAGGAGUUUGUCUUCAUUUUAUGUACGGUAAGAUUGUAUUUGCAUCAUAUGAUAUGUAACUGUCAAUCUUUUCAUAAAUUGCAGUGAGAAAUAUCCACAUAAAAUUAUGCUUUAAAGGCAGCCAAGCGCAAAUACUUUUGACAAAAAUGAAAUAGAGAUACUUCACCAAAUACAUCUAAAAACUUCAAUUUGAUCCCUGCCAGAAAUUGAAAACCCCUGUUUCUUAACCUGUUGUAUGUGGAAUUUGGCUGAUAUCGAAUUAGUUUUUUUUUUAGUUUUGUCAUACUUCAUACUUUUCCUUCCAUAUGUAUUUGAUAUUGGUUUUAUUGAUCACUUGAAUUAGUUUAAAAUGAAGUUGGCUGCCUUACCUUUAUGUUUUUCUGUGUCUGGGCUAUGACUUGAUCAGACAGGGAGGGAUUUUAAAAUUUCUUAAUAAUGUGUUCAGUACAUAAAGACAACAUGUCACAUGCAAGACGUCCUUACCACAAAGGUCGAGGUCACACCUUGAGUUUAAUCAUUAUGGAAUGCUGCAUAUAUGCUCAUAUAGUGUAGUUGGUCUUGUCCAGGCUGUAACUCAUGCAAGAAGGAAUUUUAAGAUUACUUGGCAAGUGUGUUUGGUACAAAAAGAAGACUUGGCACGUUCAAUACCCACGUCCCUACCUCAAAGGUCAAGGCCACAAUUACAGGUUUAUCAUCAUGGAAUGCUGCAUAUAUGUACAGUGUAGUUGGUCAUGUCCAGGCUGUUACUUUGUCUUGCACUGAGUGGGAUUGCAAAAUAAAUAAGCAAGUAAAGGAGAUGUUUGCUGUGUAAGACCCUUAAUCUUUCCUUUAAAUUCAAGGUCACACUUGGAGUUUAAUCAUUAUAGAAUGCUGCAUAUAUGCACAUGUAUAGAUCAUAGUUGAUCGCGUCCAGGCUUUAACUUUUUCAUGCACAUUUGGAUUUUAAAACUUCUUGGCACUUGUUGACAGAUCAUGAAGUAGAGACAUGCCUUGUGCAACCUUUUACUUCAUCACCCCCACACUUGAAGUAGAGACAUGCCUUGUGCAACCUCUUACUUCAUCACCCCCACACUUGAAGUAGAGACAUGCCUUGUGCAACCUCUUACUUCAUCACCCCCACACUUGAAGUAGAGACAUGCCUUGUGCAACCUCUUACUUCAUCACCCCCACACUUGAAGUAGAGACAUGCCUUGUGCAAACUCUUACUUCAUCACCCCCACACUUGAAGUAGAGACAUGCCUUGUGCAACCUCUUACUUCAUCACCCCCACACUUGAAGUAGAGACAUGCCUUGUGCAACCUCUUACUUCAUUACCCCCACACUUGAAGUAGAGACAUGCCUUGUGCAACCUCUUACUUCAUCACCCCCACACUUGAAGUUAACCAUAAGGGGGCCUGGUGUAUGCUUAUAGUUUAUGUUUGCUUCCUGAUAGUAGACACAUAAAAAAUGCAUAAUACAUUAAACUUGGUGGCAUUUUGGGGGCAUUGGUCACUUACUGUGACAGCUUACAGUUUUCAUACAUUCAGAAUACAUUCAGUAUUAUUUGUUAA